AUGGCUUCAAUUGGGGAAUUCGACCCUCUUCACUCCACCGUACCAGCAACUAAGAUUGAAGUUACUGUUUCUUGCAGAAAUCUGCUGGACAUGGACACGUUCUCCAAAUCAGAUCCUGUGGUGGUGCUCUACGUCCAGGGCAUCGGGACCAAGGAGUGGAGAGAGUUUGGCAGGACGGAGGUGAUUGACAACACCUUGAACCCAGACUUCGUCCGAAAGUUCGUUCUUGACUUCUUCUUUGAGGAGAAACAGAAUCUUCGCUUCGAUGUGUACAAUGUGGAUACAAGAAGUUCAAACCUCUCAAAACAUGACUUCCUGGGUCAGAUGUUCUGUACGCUGGGAGAGAUCAUCGGUUCUACUGGUGGGCGGUUGGAGAGGACUCUGUCUGGGAUCCCAGGCAAGAAGUGUGGCAACAUCAUAUUCGCCGCCGAGGAGCUCAGCAACUGCAGGGACAUUGCCACUAUGCAAUUUUGUGCUAACAAACUGGACAAGAAGGAUUUCUUUGGCAAGUCAGACCCUUUCCUGGUAUUUUACCGCAGCAAUGAAGAUGGCACGUUCACCAUCUGCCAUAAAACAGAGGUGAUCAAGAACACCCUGAACCCCGUGUGGCAGCAGUUUACCAUCCCUGUGCGCGCUCUCUGUAACGGAGACUACGACAGGACUGUGAAAGUGGAUGUGUUUGACUGGGAUAGAGAUGGAAGUCACGACUUCAUCGGUGAGUUCACCACCAGCUACAGGGAGAUCUCCCGAGGACAGAGCCAGUUUAACGUGUACGAGGUUCUCAAUCCAAAGAAGAAAGGCAAGAAGAAGAAGUAUGUCAACUCCGGGACGGUGACCCUGCUGUCCUUCAAAGUCGAGUCGGAGUACACGUUUGUGGACUACAUCCGGGGAGGCACCCAGCUGAAUUUCACGGUGGCCAUUGAUUUCACUGCAUCCAAUGGUAACCCAUCGCAGCCCACCUCCCUGCACUAUAUGAACCCAUACCAGAUGAACAUGUAUGCCAUGGCACUCAAAGCGGUGGGAGAGAUCAUCCAGGACUAUGACAGCGACAAGCUCUUCCCCGCCUACGGCUUCGGGGCCAAGCUGCCUCCAGACGGCAAGAUCUCCCACGCCUUUCCCCUGAAUUCGAGCGCCGAGGACCCCAACUGCGUGGGCAUCGAGGGGGUGCUGGAGGCGUACUUCCAAAGCCUGAGGACAGUUCAGCUCUAUGGCCCCACCAACUUCGCUCCCGUCAUCAACCAGGUGGCACGGCUGGCGGAGGAAGUGACAGACGGCUCCCAGUACUUUGUGCUGCUCAUGAUCACAGACGGGGUCAUAUCGGACAUGGUGCAGACCAAGGAGGCUGUGGUCAACGCGGCUUCUUUGCCCAUGUCUAUCAUCAUAGUAGGAGUAGGACCAGCUGAAUUUGAUGCAAUGGAGGAACUGGAUGGAGAUGAAGUGAGGGUGUCCUCUAGGGGGCGAUAUGCAGAAAGAGACAUUGUGCAGUUUGUGCCAUUCCGGGACUACAUCGACCGGUCGGGAAACCAGGUGCUGAGCAUGGCACGACUGGCCAAGGACGUGCUGGCCGAGAUCCCUGACCAGCUGCUGUCCUUCAUGAAGACCCGGGAUAUCGAGCCCCGGCCUGCCCUGCCCAACGCCAACACCAACAACCAGGCCCUCAACAUGCGCAUCUGAGCGGAGACCAGGGUCCAGAGAGGAGGCGGGGCUGUCCAUGGAACUUUAUCAAUGCUGCCAACCACUCCAGACAUCAAGCACAUCAAGUAUAUCCACAUAAAGCAUUUUUAUCAGCCUGAGCUAAUAUGAUAUGGGUUGGAGGAGUGGGGUAGUGUUAGUCCUCACUCCUGCUCCCUGUCACUUUGACUCAUCCAGAAAAAAAAACUAUGACACUCAACAAGUUAUUCCACAACACUCUUCUCAACAGUCCUCAAUAACUCGACAGUCACCUCUCUUCCUGAAGUCUUUUUCUCUGUGCUUUCUACCCAAGUGCUCACAACUUUAGCUUAUGGUGUGACCCACAUCAGGCAAGCAGAAAAUUAUGCCUGGCAAGCAAACUUUUCUAAUCAACAAGGCUUUCUGCCUUGUACUCAUUUCAUCUGACAGGAUCAUGGCUUAGUCUCCUGACAAGCGUGGAACAGACAACAGAAAAACAAGGAUUUAGUAAGGAGAGAGAGAAAAGCAUCACAUUCUGUCAUUCCCACACUUGAACGCUCAAUCGACCCCUGAAUGCAUGCAGUGCAUUUGAAACCUCUCUGGGCUCUAUGCUUUGGCAGAGGAUGUUGCCAAUGGGUGCAGAGAAGGUUCCAAAGUGGCAUUAUGUGAGGACCGAACCCCGGCUGAACUUAUCAUGUAAACACUUGUGUAACUUGUGUAACUUUGU